UGUAUGUCAAUGUCAUGAAUCCAUGAAUUCUAGCAAACACUUUUUCAUGUUAUUGCAACAUUGAAAACGUUCGAUUUUAAAUUCGUUCCAAAUAUUUAUCUGAACGCAUAUAGUAUCAUCCGGUAUUCGGGUUCAAAAGAGUCAAGGUUUGUGGUACUAAAUUAUACAGAAUUAAAAGAUUUUAUUUUAAAAAGAAAUAUUAACUAAACAAAAUCUAAAGUUUCGUAAUAAAAGAACACGUAACUUAAAAUGCACAUUCUAAUUCAGUCAAUAAACAAAAUUUUUCAAUAUUGAGUACCGAGAUUAGGUCACAACGAAGCCUUAAUAACGCAAAAGCGGAUUUACGACUUGAUCUGGUUUAUUUUCUUAAAUAUUCCGUUUACUUCUCCCGCGCUAUUACGUUUUCAUGGAAAAUUUUAUAAGCAAAUCAAACAUCAACAAAUAUUUAUAAGGUGAAAAUAUUUCGUAUAUCGUAUAUGCAUUAUUUGUGAUUCACAAAUCAUAAAAUCCAAUAUCUGAGUGUAAAAGUCUUAAGAUUUUUCUAGUUUUCAUUGUCAAGAUUUUAAAGAACCCUUGAGAAUAACUAAGGACCAAUUAAUUACACUGUACACUAAUAAAGUGAGAGUCAAGUGAGAGAGAUAACUUUUCUUAUGUUUUCGUAUCACCACAAAAAUACAUAAUAAUAAAUAUCUGCCAAUAACAAAAUUUAUUCAGCUGAUACAAUUAUUUCUCGGAAGAGUUUUGUAACAGAAUUGCGUUAUUGCGUAACUAUCAUCAUAUGAAGACAGACAGCCUUAAUUAGAAUUAAGUGGAAAGGAUGAAAAUUGCCUUCAGUAGGUAGUCCGCCAGGGGAAUUGAAUGUGAAGCGAUUUGGGAAAUUGGCGAGCGUGAAGCCGCGAGUGCGCAGUGCGCGCACACCACACGCACACAACUCGGGAAAAUAUUGAUUCGUGAAAAACAAGGGAAAAUCACAACAAGGGUGUCCCGAAUUUCACCCAGCAAACGUAAAAGCCCUAGAAACUCACCACGCCGAGCCGACCCCUUUACGCGGUUCACCUUCGCCGUGCAAAAUUUCAAAAUAAAACAAUGCAAUAGAGUGUGCAAGGUGCAAAGUUGUUGAUCAUAGCGUCUGUGUAAACAAUCGCGUUUCCUUUACCGAGAGCCGGGUGCCGUACAGUUCGAUUGAUCGCAAAAACGCGAACGCUUUCAAGCACAACACGCCGCGACCAGAAUAGAAACACUUUUUAACGCCGCAUUAAAAAGUUCCACCAGCGCGCGUAUAGCGAAUGUGUGCGGAUUUUGGCGCGGGGCGUCAAUCGACAGUUGAUUAAUCCGAAGCGUUGAAAAGCGUAAGCCUCGCGAGUGUGAAGCAUGUCCACGAAGAUAGCGAUGAAUAACAGCAUUAAGCUGAACACCGGUGACGAGCAAUGGGUGAAAACAGCCGGCGUUAAAUUAGCGGGCGAAGAGUCCAAGGAUCGGUUGUAUGAGCCAAAGCAUAAGAAAAAAUUGGUGCGCGUGCUCACGGUUGUCGCGUACGUCUUCUUCGUAUCCUUAGCGGCCAUCAUGCUAUCCCUCUACUAUGUGUUCCUCUGGAACGGUAAUCAGAAGGACGUAUCCAAGUCCAGACAGAGUUAUGAAGCUCAACACUCGAAUGGUUUGUGUAGUAACGGAGAAAAUGUUUUGGUCGACGUGCCGUAUGAACCAACGGCGAUUCCAGUCGUAGAAGCAAAAACAGAGGCGCCUUCACCAUCAACACCAGAGCCAAUUAUUGAAGAAACUCUUAACGAAGGUGACUGGCCCAUGAAUAUCAGCUAUUCGCAACUACCAGAGCUCACAAAGCGCAGUCCCAUGUUUAAGAAGCUCAUUCUGAGUAACAUCAUGGACUAGUAUCAACCGGUUCGUGGUUACCAGCAAUUAUAAUUUCGACUGAACAAACUAAAUGCAUACAAAAGGCAUUGUAUAAAUGCAGGGUGCCACUAACAAAUGUAGAUGACAUUCGUUCAUCGAUCAAAUAACAUACAUAGUAAAUCACGACGCAAGUGUUAAUUGGUCCAAAUUUAAUCCUCGCGCUAAUAAUCGUCAAUUCUUUGCGUCCGUGAUACAAUCAACAACAUAUGCCAACAUCAAACACAUUUCAAUGAACAUCAACUGCACCUGUACAAAGGAAGAUCCUCGAGAAUCUAAGCGUAAGCCAAGAGACCACUUGGUUUCCUUUAAAGUUAGAUUGCAUUGUAACUUAAUAUUAACAUAACUGUAAGCCAUGUUUGUUGUUAUGUUGAAAUUCAGUUGAUGUGUGUUUAACUCAUGAGAUAUGAUAUACGAUUAUUGCUAUAAGAAUUGGCGGUUUGAUUUUUCAGAAAGUCAAUAUUUCGUUAGACUGAUAGUCAAGAAGUAAUGAUAAAGACAAAGAAUACUAUUCAAUAAUCAAUCACAAUCAAUGUAUUUUAUAAGGUCAGUUCAGACGGUUCAGAAUCAUCAGUGGCACGAAUUGCAUUAUAUUACUGAAGAUUCCAGUUGGAAUAUUUUGGAAAUCAUUUUCGUUUGUUAAAUAAACACAAUUUACACUGAACUGACUUCUAUGUGGCACUUAGGAAAUAUUUAAAAAGCAAAAACUCAGAUAUUUAGUUCAACUGAACCUAUUUUCUUUAAACAAAUGUUUAGUUCUAGGUGUAUUUCAACAUUUUAUGGAGCGCAUAUGACAUGAUAUAACUUAGAAACUAUUAAAACAGAAACUUAUGUUUAUUGAAAUGUUUAAUGAAAAUUUUGUGAUGAAUGAAUAACUUGCGGAAGCAUAUGUCCACUAAAAUUGCAUUCCAAAAUUACCUGCGAAAAAAUAUGGAGAAGAUAAUUAAAAUGUUCCGAAUGGCAGUAAAGCAAAAGAGAUUGGCCAGAACUUUAAUAUAGAUUCUAUCAAUUUAUUAUAUGAUAACCAAAAGAAAAAGUCCACAUAGAUAAACGUUUUAUAUUUUGAAAAUCAAUUUAUUGUAUUAUAUCACCAACAUAAUUAAUUUUGCAAGAUGCGGUACGUUGAACGCAAUUCGAGGCUGUGUGGAAACCGACUUUUAAAAAGUUACGGUUAGAGAGUUAUCAAUCAAGAAUGGAAAGUGAACUAAUUGAAGAAAUUAUCUAUUUAAAUGUUACUCAAUGUUUGUUUUAGGAUGAAUGACGUUAUUUUUCUCGCUUCGCUAGAAAAUUGAACUAAAAUUGAGAAAAACAAAAAAAACUAAAUAGAAUCACUAUUACUACAUUGUAACGAUCCAUUAUUAGGAAAUACUAUAUUCAAAUAAUAAGAUAAUCCUAGAAAAAUUAUUAUAACAAUGUUUAAUUGUAAACAUACAUACAUUUAUGUAUCUGUUAACUAUUCAAUAAUUUACAAAACAACUCGCAUACACACCUAACGUAUCUCUCCCACAUGCCCAUCAGAUGAGUCUGAUAUUCGUAUCAGUCGUGAAUCCGGUCAAGAUUCACAUCAAGACAAUAUGUAACACUUACAAAUUACCAUGAAUUACAAAGACCUAACAAGAAAAACAAACAAUAACUAACCAAUAUGAAAUUAUUGCCGUAUUUCCAAUGUCCGAUUUGUUUUUGUAGCCUUUGCAAAUAAAUUAAUAAAAUACCAGAGCAUGUCGUGCGGAA